GGAGGAGGCGCCGGCCGAGGCGCGCGGGAGGCUCCUGGAAGAAGAUGAGCGCGGCGGGGCGGGGCGGGCGCCGCUGGGCACGAGUGUCCCGCUGUAUCUCCUUCAGCGCGAGCCACCGGCUGUAUAGUAAAUCUCUGGGUGAUGAAGAAAACUUGAAACUGUUUGGGAAAUGCAACAAUCCAAAUGGCCAUGGGCACAAUUAUAAAGUUGUGGUGACAGUGCAUGGAGAGAUUGAUCCUGUUACAGGAAUGAUUAUGAAUUUGACCGACCUCAAAAAAUAUAUGGAGGAGGCAAUUAUGAAGCCCCUUGAUCAUAAGAAUCUGGAUUUGGAUGUGCCAUACUUUGCAGAUGUUGUAAGCACAACUGAAAAUGUAGCUGUAUAUAUCUGGGAAAACCUCCAGAAAAUUCUUCCUACGGGAGUUCUUUAUAAAGUAAAAGUGUAUGAAACUGACAAGAAUAUAGUAGUUUAUAAAGGAGAAUAGCUCUUAGGGAUUAACAUUGUAGAAAGACUAAUUUCUUUCCAUAUUUGAAAAAGAUCUUUAUCCCCUUGAAAUAUUAAGAAGUUACCACAGGAUUGUUACACCUCCCCAUUGUGCUCUGGAGUACCUGAUUUAUUGAAAUCAUUGUAAGACCUGUUAAAUCUUAUAAACCAAACUUGUAAUAUAUCCUGAAUAUCAUUUGGAAAGUCUCUUAUCUCUAGAUUAAAAGUCACUUCAUUUU